UCCGUAACUUUACUUUAGACACUAGGGUACCCCAAACAUAACCUCCAAACGAUAAAAUACUUGCAAAAAUUCCUUUAUUGGCAAAAAGAAGUAAUAAAAACCACUAUGUUUUCCCUAAAUAGGCUGUUUCAGCGUUUAUCAAUACAAGAAAUAGUCACGGUGCAACAAAUUAGCAUCCGAACCAAAACCAAGUAUGUUACAAAGCCAGUCAUAGGUCAUGGAAUUAGUUUUAGGCGAAAAGUUAAUUUUCCUGAAGAAUACACUGUAAAACCCGUAAAAUAUACAAACUUGGCGGGCCGAGAUCCUAAAACUGGUAGACUGGUAGUGCAUGGUAUUGGUGGAGGCAUAAAACACAAAUAUCAUUGGAUUGAUUGGAUCCGAACAGGACCCAAAGAAGGUCCACCUCAAAUUGAAAAAGUCAUCAAAGUCAUGAAAGAUGGCUGUAGAACUGCUCAUAUUGCUUUGGUCGCCUACGGGGAUAAAUUGAAAUAUAUUUUAGCUACUGAAAACAUGAAGGCUGGGGAUUUGUUGAAAACCUCCUGUCAUAUCCCUAGAAUACCUGUAAGGGCAAAUGAAGGUGAUGCAUAUCCUUUAGGUGCCCUACCUAUUGGAACACAAGUACAUUGUGUAGAAAAAUAUCCAGGAGUAGGUGGGUUCUUGGUGCAUGCUGCUGGAACCUAUGCUACUAUUCUUCGCAAGGCGCCAAACAAUCAUGUUGUUAUAUUGACACCCAGUAAAAAGGAAUUUAGUUUACCAGAAAUUUGUAUGUGUACUGUGGGUAGAGUGAGUAAUGUAGAGCAUGGUAGUACACCUAUUGGAAGUGCUCAAAAGAACAGGGAGCUUGGAAACAGGCCAAGAUCAGGUUGGUGGCAUAGGAAAACAGGCAGGUUUGGACGAAAAUUAAGAAAACCGCCACCAACAAAGACUAUUAAAAGUAAUAAAAAAGAACCACAUGAAAUUGUUGAGUUUACCCCUCCUAGACCUUUUGUAAAAACAAUAAGAGCCCAAUUUCGUUAUUAAAUGUAUAUGAUUUUUAAAUAAACACAAAAUAUAAUUGUUAA